AGUAUUUUCUCGGUAGUGAAAUUGAAUUGUUAUGUUCGUGGUUUCCGUUGCCUUAUUAAUUUUUAUAAAUUAUCGCACUUAUUAUUGUUGUAAACGUUUUAAUUAAACAAGCGGUUCCUGAAAAAAAUUAUACUUAUGCUUUCAUAUACACAACUGUUUGGUUAUACUUUUCAAAGUACCUGAAGUGUUAAAAAAGAGUAAUUCAAAUCGGGACUUUUGCUCAGUGAAAAAAGUGAUUAAGCAACAUAAUUAGGUGUUAAAGUGGAAAGCACUUUUUACCGCAUAUUUGCAUAUGCUUGUAAUUGAGAAAGUGCGUAUUUUUACAGCAAUUAAUUAAGGGAUAUCUGCACAAAAGUACAAGUUCUUACCUCUAAAUUCGGCAUAGUAUUUGACAUAUCGACUUUUCUUGAAGUUCUAAAAUACUUCAAUUUACUUGCCAAUACACUACAAUACAAAGAUAAAGCAACAACACAAACAGGAAAAAUACAUAUUUUUUUUAAAAGAAACCGGAACAAAGCAUAUGGUGGACACCCACUGUUCACUGGAGGCGGACACGUUGAUGCCCAAAACACCAAAAAGCUAUCAAGCUUUUGGCAUGUCGAGUCGCGCUUAACUAAUCAGUCCAACGCCAGCCACCGAGAUGACGCAGAGCAGCACGGACUUCACGCAGUUCUCCGCUGCACACAACAAUACAAAUGCCGCAAGCCACAAAGAGAGGGAGGCAGCUGCCGCAGCGCCAACAGCGAGACCCAUAGUCAGCAGCCAAAAUUGUGAUAUUCUCCUAAACAACUUUCAAAUCAAGAAGAAACGGUAUCGCGUCUUGCUCAACUAUGACCACAUCGUUUGGGAGCGACUGCAGACAAAGCGCAACAGCGACGCGGACGCUGAGGGCAACUUCAAGCAAGGCUUAGUCUAUGGCAAGAACACGAAUGUGUUGCAUAUAAACGAGCUAAUCAGAGUGAGCAAGGGCAACACCAAGUCGGCGGCAUUGCAUAUUGCAGCGCCGCAGCCAAUGGCUGAGUUCGAUGCACACAGCGCAGGCGAACAAAAACAACAACACAGCAGUACGCCACCCACUGAACAGUAUCUUGCCUUGUCAUACGCCGCGCGCAUCAUCAACUCAGAGACAGACUGCAACUGCUGGGAUGUGCACAAGCUGGUGCUCUAUAACGCCGAUGCGUAUGUGGUGCGGCAAUGGCACGCGCUGCUCAAUAAAAUGCUCGCGAAUACGGCGCCAACGCGUCUGCGUGUGCGCCGCUUACUGGUCUUCAUCAAUCCGUAUGGCGGACGUCAGCGCGGCUUGCAGGUCUACGAACGCCACUGUAAACCGCUGUUUCAAUUGGCUGGAAUCGACGCGUCCUGCAUUAUAUCGCAGCGUUCGAAUCAGAUACGCGACAUACUGUUGAGUCAUGAUUUGUCGCCGUUCGACGCGGUUUGCUGUGUUGGUGGCGACGGCACAGUGGCAGAGGUAAUUAACGGGCUCAUCUUUCGCGCGAUAUGCGAUGCGGGCAUGGAUGCGCGCCAGCCGCUGUAUGUGCCGAAGCCAACGCUGCCCGUGGCCAUUAUACCAGCGGGUAGUACGGAUACGGUCGCGUACAGCCUGCACGGCACAUCGGAUGUGCGCACCGCGGCGAUACAUUUGAUUUUGGGUCAGCGGCGCGGUGUGGACAUUUGUAGCGUGCGCAAUCGUGAAGGCGUCAUACGCUUCUGCGCCAGUGUAUUAUCCUACGGCUAUUUGGGCGAUGUGGCGGCGAAGAGCGAGCGUUAUCGUUGGCUGGGUACGAAGCGCUAUGAGUUUGCCGGUGUUAAAACGUUCCUUACCAAUAACGGCUACGAAGCAGAGCUGCGCAUCUUACAGCCAAUAGGCGGCAACAAAUUGAAUGCAGUUGCGGCUGCACACGAAGAAGGCGCGAGGUGUGAAAACGUGAGAACUACAGAGGAUACGAUUUGUUUUGCGAAUUGUACACGCUGUGACGCGGCGUCCAUUGCGCAGGCGGCGCUUGCGACGAAACGCGCUUUAAUGCACAAAGGCAUAUUGGCGGGCGUUACUACACCGACGUCCGUUGCACGUGAUGAGCUGCCCACAUCUUCGAACGCUUCAUUAAAGAGCUGUGAGGAUAAUAACGACGGCCAAAGCAAUAAAACAAAUUAUUUGGAAGUGGCUGACACCGCUGCCGAGUUGCGCGGCGGAAAAAUAUUUGCUCCUAAUAGCAAUGAAACUAUGGACUUUGAUGAUACGAAGAAUAUAAAUUUGACAGACUGUGAUAAUGAUAGUGAAAUGAUGGUCGACGCAGCAGAUGGCGUGUGCGCGCCGGAAAGUAAAGUCGAAAGUGAGUGGAAAACAAUAAAUGGUGAAUUUUUCAUGAUCAGUGGCGCGAAUAUUACCUGCGCCUGCACGCGGAGCCCUAAAGGUGUGGCGCCCUACAGUCAUCUAGGCGAUGGCUAUCUAGACCUGGUACUAGUGCGAAAAACCUCGCUGCUCAACAAUGUACGAUUGCUCUUAAACCUGACGGACCGCAGUGGUGAUAUUCGAAAUUUACCUUUCGUUGAAACCUAUCGCACCAAAAAGUUCUGCUUCCGUUCGCCUAAUGCGAAUCUUGUGCAAGAGUACAGCAUUAGUAGUUCCUGUCAGCCGAUCGCUGAAACUGCGGAUGGUUAUGUUGACUAUGAUGAUGACAACGGCUUGUCGCGUUGGAACUGUGACGGAGAGGUGGUUAAUGAUCAGGAAUUAACUAUGAUUUCACAUUGCCAAUUAAUCGACAUCUUCAUGCGUGGACCACACACAUACAAUAAACAGGUGAAGAGCGGUGGCAAAUCCUUGCUGUGCUGCUGCUGUGGCUGCUGCCGAAGUGAUGAUUAACAUAGCCAUAAUGCUUUGGAAGUUUUUUGACACGCGAUCGAAUGUAAAUUAUUACAAAAGUUGGUGGGUACAGCCAUCGUUUGCUGUUUCAUGUGGAAAACUCUGGCCAAUUUACGUAGACGUCUCCUAACUUAGAGCUGAAAGUGUUGCAUGUGUAGAUAGGUAUGAAGAAAAGUGUAUAACUAAAUAGGAAACAAUAAGCUUUAAGCACUAAAGAUUUUUAAUAAAUAUUUGCAAUAUGUAAUUUGAAAAAUUGAAAUUGAUAAUCGAUAGCCGUUUCGUACAUACAUAUAUACAUACAUAUGUAUAUAAACAUAUACAUAUUUUAAAGUGUUACUUCUAUAAACAAAAAAUGAAUGCCUACAUAUAUAAUUUACAUAUAUAUAUUUAUAUCUAUUAUAUUUGGUUCCAUUUUGUUAUCAUUCCUGUUCAAGUUUUAAAAAUGUAUACAUACAGAUAUAAAGUAUUGUAAGCCAACAUUCCCAACAUUCUUAAGAGUAUUAAUUAUUUAAAAGCUGAUAUUGUAUAGAUGUAUGUGAUUUAUUUAGUAAUUUCACGAUGUUUUUUAAUUAUUGUUCAAAGUUUAUGAAAACAUAUAUUAUUUGUAAGUUUGGUGAUGUUAUGGUGGCAACUGGGUAUCAAACUGCUUAAUUUGAUUAACCGUUUAUGGUUACUCGCCAAUAAAGAAGCAAUAAAUGAGAAACAAAAUAAA